AUGGCAGGACCAACCACCAAACCCGGAAAAUCAAAGGGCAAGCCAAAACCCGCAAAAAAGCAGCAACAAUCAGUCUCGACAAAGAAACCAUCCUCAAGAAAAGAGGAUACAACUACCGAAGACCAGAUCGAUUUCUCAUCAGCAGCGAAUAGUAUCUCCUCAGAUGUGCAACAAGCCUUACUAAACGUAUUCAAACAUGCACUUUUCUCUUCUGCAGAAGACGGGGAAGAGGAUAUGAGAACGCAAAUUCAACAACUCAAAACAUAUCUGUACAAUAGAGACUUUGAGUCUGCGUUUGCGGACGCGUCGCCUUCGUUGUUGAGGGCUUAUGCAUUGAGAUGGUCUGCGUCGAGGUGUUUGGCGUAUUGUGGGUUGUUUCGGGGGGUUCUUGAUUUUGGGUUUGCAUUUGAUGGUGUUCAGGACGGUGGUGGAGAGGAGGAGGUUGCUGUGUUGUGUAUUGGUGGUGGUGCUGGGGCGGAGAUUGUUGCGUUGGCUGGUGCGUGGAGGGUAUUAUAUGAUGAGGAUUCUGCGAAUGCGGUUGAGGGGAUUGAACGAUUAUCUUUAAAUGAAAGUGUUUCUGAGGGAAACAAGAGAAAGAGGAAACUAUCCAUAACAGCCAUCGAUAUCGCAGAAUGGUCCGAUGUUGUCCACAGACUGACGACAGCAAUACAUUCAAACGUCCCCGGUACAAAGACAUGUCCGACGCCACUGAUCCAAGAUAGAGGCAGUAUCAACAUCUCAUUCCAAAAACUAGAUAUCCUCUGCCUAUCCGAAGAAAAUUUGAGGUCUCUUCUUCAUCGCCAACGACUUAUAUCACUCAUGUUCACGCUCAAUGAGCUCUUCUCAACAUCAAUCUCCAAAACGACACAGUUACUUUUACGAAUAACGGAUAUAGCGAGUCCGGGGACGAUGUUGAUGGUUGUCGAUAGUCCGGGGAGUUAUUCGACCUUGUCCUUGUCGAAGAGUCAGGUAUCAGAUACACAGCAGCAGCAACGACAAUAUCCGAUGAAGUUCCUGCUUGAUCAUACACUUCUAAACGUAGCGGAAGCGUCGUGGGAGAAGAUAGUCUCGCAGAACUCGAGAUGGUUUCGGAAGGAUGUUAAUAAUAAGUUACAUUAUAAUGUGGAUUUGGAAGGUGGACAGGGUUUUAUUAAAUUGGAGGAUAUGAGAUUCCAAAUUCAUGUUUAUCGAAGAUUGGCUCCUUCGAGUAAUGAGAUAAAGUGA